AUGGCACACCUCCGCCUUGAGAAGGAGCUUUUGAACUUGAGCGAUGGCACCACCAUUCGCAUUGCCCGAACGCCUGGCAUGGGAGACAAGGAGUGGCAGGAUACCAAGAAGUAUCUUGAGGCCAACCCGGAGGAAGCCCGCAGGAUGGAGACCUUCUCCCGGGAUGCGAAGGCCGUGCGUGCGUGGAUGCAGACCCAGGCCAUCACCGAGUACUACAACACACGCCUCAGCAACGGCGAUGAGGUGGUGACCAACAAGUUCAACUCCCUGGAGAAGAAUCCGGAUGUCGCCGCCAUCUUCGAGGACAUCAAGCGCGGUGGCAACCAGGCUGCCAUGCAGCACUACCACAACGAGCCGCUGAUGCUGAAGAUCAGCAGAGCCAUGGGUGGAGUGCCUGAGGAGGUGAAGUCGGUGCUGCAGGACAUCCAGAACAAGCCCAUCACUCUGCAGGAAGCCUGCCUCCGCGGCGACAUGAAGACGCUCGAGGAUUACUUGGAAGCCACAGCCAGCGAUCCGGACAAGAGGAACAUUGACGAGAAGGACGCCAAAGGCAUCAGCUGCCUGGGCUAUGCUAUCGGGGCCAACCGCACCCAUGUGGUGAAAAAGCUCCUUGAGAGCAAGGCCAAUCCAUGGGAGGUAGACAACAGUGGUGGCAAUGCGAUCCACUACGCGGCUGCUUAUGGCAGGAAAGAGCUCUUGCAGUAUUUCAUCAGUGCCAAGGGGGACGUCAACAAGCAGAACACGCAGGGCCAGACACCAUUGGCUCUGGCGCAGAAGAACAAGAUGAAGGAUGCCAUCGACUUGCUGACGAAGAGCGGUGCCAAGUGA